AUGAAGUGCUGGCAUAAUCAUUGUAACUCUAAGCUAGAAUUCACCUGCCCUUGUGCAAAUCCGCCAGUUUACUCAUGCGGGCUUCAUAUAGUAGAGCAUUUAAGAGAUGAGAGCCUUCAAGGUCAUCAUCCUGAAAAUCUCUUCACUAACUUCCCCUUCGUGAGCGAAAAAAAAAAAUUUGUUCUGAGGAGGGUUAAUUUUUUUUUUAAAUAUAAUUUAUUUUAUUUUUUUUUACUAAAUUUACAAAUAUUUCAAUUUUUAAAUAGAAUUAGCUAGAAAUUUCAUUUUAGCCCGAUCUUUGCCGGGAACGGGCUAUAUACUAAUUAUCACUUAUAUAUAAAUUUUUUUUCAUAAUAAUUUUUUAUUCGCUCACGGAAAGGGGGUGGAGUAAGCCAAAACCAGAGACCAAAAAAGCGCUGAUUGAGCAGCUCGCCAAAUUAUCGUCAGAUUUAUCCACUGUCAGGGAAAACCUAAUAAAGCAGGUAUCAGAGAAGGUAAAUGCUUUGGUUUCCCAGAUGAAAAAAUCUUUAGAAGAAAUCGAUAGAAUGAAGGAGGAGCAGCAAAAUUUAAUACAGAAAAUAAACUCAACAUCAGAAAUUUCUAAACCCUGCCUGCAAAUAUAAUUAUUGGAAAAAUAUGAAGUGCAGAAAUCUUCGUACUGGUUACACAAUUAAAAUGGCGAGCCAUCCGACCCGUCCUUCUCCUGUACCCUCAGGGACUACGGGUUUAAGAAGUAAACGGGGCCUGGAUAUUGUGCCCAGGGUGGUUUUUUUUUUACCUUGGUCGGGACACCACGACAAGGUUCUUUUUACCUCUCACAAAGACGAGAAGACCAGAGCCGCAAAUCAGGAGUCACACUUCAGGACUAGAAGGAAGUGAGGAAACUUGUAGUGGAGCUUGGGGACCAGAAGAAGACUCCGGAAGGCUACUUUUUCCCCCUCCCCAGAAAGGACGGCGCCGGGUCACUAGACCCUGAUCAAAGGAGUACCUGGGUGAGUCUCCCUGUCAGAUGGCGACGUCACCAUUUUUUGGUGACGUCGACAGAAAAUGGAGUGAGCUACAGAGCCGGUGCUUAGGGCGAAAGCCUGAAGCUGGCAGCGCUGGGUAGAGGCUGAAAUAAACCUCCAUGACCCGCUAAAACUAAUUAAUCUAAUCUAAUCUAAUCGUACUGGUUAGCCAUUCACGCAUUUUAAUAUAUAUAAAAAUGAAUUUUUCUCUAUAAAAAAGAGCGUAAAAAAAUUAAGCCCGAUGAGCAAGAAAAUUCUUUAGCUCGCUCACUCAGAGAGAGUAAAGAAAACAGAAGCUUUAUUGAAGAAUUACUCAGUCUUUCACCUGAAGAAGCUGUAAAAAUGCUUAAAGAUCUAAAAUUUACAAUAGAAGACGUAAAAUUAGAUAAAACCCCAGAAUGCUCCCCAACGAAAAUAGAAGAAAAAGUAGAGACAAGGACAAUCUCAAGGGAAAGCUUUGAAAUGGAAGUUGACGAAAUUGUAGUUUUCAGGAACAGCACAAAGAAAAUCGCUAGAGUAAAUUUAGCCACUUUUAACACCACAGAAGUAGAAGUAGAAGUCGCUGAUCCUAUUUUUUACUAUGUAGCAAUGUGCGAAAUCCCUAACACUGGAGUUUUUUGCUUUGGAAACUGAAACCCUUGUAGAGGCACAGCGUAUAUAAUUUAUCCUGAUAGUCGCAUAAAGCAGCUUGAAGAUGGAGCUCCAUGCUGCUAUUCUGGAGCAGUUUACUAUAAAAAGGCAGUUUAUGUAUUUGGUGGGUGCAGUGGCAAUUAUUUGACUUUGGCUGAAAAAUAUAAUUUUACGACAGAAAAAUGGGAAAAACUGAGCCCGAUGCCUGAUGCUUCUCAUUUAGUAACGACUUUAGUCUAUAAUUGUCAGAUUUUGCUGUCUGGGUACCAUCAUAGCAAACUUUAUAGCUACGAUAUUAAUUAUGAUACCUAUUUAGAAGUCCUUGAUCUGAAGCCAGAUGUAUGCAGAAUGCUUUGCAAAGGAAACGACAAAGCUUAUUUAAUAGAAUGGACUGGACAGAUUUAUGAAUGCGAAUAUAAUAUAAGUUCAUGGAGAGUUGUAGGAGAAGCACUGCCAUCAAUGGGAUGCCCAAUUGGCUAUGGGUCAAUUUAUAAAGGAUUCAGCUAUUUUGUUGACCACACUUUUACUUUAUAUCAGUUUGAUUUAGGCCAAUUGAAGAUAAAUAAGUCCAAACAAGUUUAA